CCGGCGCGCCGUGGCCACGUGCCCGUACCAGAAGUCCGCUUCUAGUCGCCCCGGCAACAGGUCCUCCCACUCACGCCCUCUCAGUCUCCUCCCCGAAAGUAGGCCCCUGCUCGCCCACCGCCCAGGAUCCGCAAGCUGCGCGCCCACGAGCUCCACCAUCCCAUUAGAAGAAAAGUUGCUGUUCAGUCCACAAAGACGUGUGCCAUAAAAGAGUAGGAGACACUCCCAGGGAGUGGCAGUGCCCAUUUGGACUUUCACAGUCAGAGAUGGCAGCAAAGGAUGGAGGAGACCGAAGAAAUACAUCAGAAACCUAAAAGUAAAAGCACCACUGAGUGUGUUGCUAGCCAUCCUUUGUCGCAGGCACUGACGAGUGGGCCAAGCCAGCAGGCAGUAUCAUCGAAAGCUGCUGAGCCUUGGUCUGCUCAUCCAGUAUAUGCAAGAUACUGGCAACAUUAUCAGCAAGCGAUGGCUUGGAUGCACAGCCACCAGAACGCCUAUAGGAAAGCCGUAGAAUCUUAUUUCAGUUCCCCAUGGUACUUCCCUCCCGCAGCUCUUUCCCAAAGCUCUCAUGCUAACGAGGGUGGAUCUCCUCAGUCCUUCUAUGACCAUCAUUCAGCAUCCCAGGGCUCCGGAUGCAAUUAUUCACAUUCUAGAAGGUCUGGGCAGCAUCCGCAUGACAGCACAAGAGAAGACCAAACUUGGUCCGCAGAGGAGGAGGUGGAGACCGAGUCAGAUGGGGGUGUGGAAUGUGACGUGAGCAACAUGGAGAUCACGGAGGAGCUCCGCCAGUACUUCGCAGAGACCGAGAGGCACAGGGAAGAGCGCCGGCGGCAGCAGCAGCUGGAGGCAGCGCGCCUGGCCGAUUACGUGAACGCCGACCACGACCUGUGCUACAACCCGCGCCGCUCCGCGGAGCCCCCGGCCGAGAGGCCUGGCGAGCGGCGCCAGGCAGAGAUGAAGCGGCUGUACGGGGACAGCGCCGCCAAGAUCCAGGCCAUGGAGGCGGCGGUGCAGCUGAGCUUUGACAAGCACUGUGACAGGAAGCAGCCCAAAUACUGGCCUGUCAUUCCGCUGAAGUUCUGAGCCCGGGGCACUGGGUCCCCAGCCAUCACCCCCUGCCUCCGGAUUCACUCUCUUCAUCUCUCCUGUGCAUUUUCCCAGGAAAGAGAAAUGAGCAUGGUCACCAAAGUCCCAGUGGGCCCCUCGUGGUGGGGGGAGAGGUGACAUGUCAGCCACUUUGAAGUUGGCAGGACGUGUACUGUUCGAACCUGAGAGAUUGUCUUUUGACAUCUUUAUAAUUUCAUAUAAAUCGUACUGGGUUUUGAUGUCAAGAAUAGUGUUCAUUCAUUAAAGUUCUCACUUAGA